UAAUAUGCAGACUAAAUAAAAACGGAGGGAGUAACUAAAUAGGUCAAAAGACCUACGCAUUUACUAAUUUCUAGAGUUUUCUGUAUUUAAGUAGCACCUUUCAACAGUAGCAUUAUAUAUUAGAUGAGGUAUACUACUUUUUUUCAUCUCAAAGACAAAAAAGUAUCAUUAUACUGCGAUUACUGCCAAGCUCGUGGAUCGAUCAGAAAACCAGCCCGGUGCCCACCAACACAGCCAACGCCCUUGCCAUCACUAAUUUUCUACUUUAUCCUCCCAACACAGCCAACGCCCCCAGCCUACCACGCCGCUCCUCGGUGCUUCUAGAUGGAGGAGCACCACAGGUUGCUCCACCUUUGUCGCCUCUCAAGUCCCAACCCACCUCCGUCGCCUCACCUAAUCCCCACCAAAGCUCCACCCUCGGCGAGCCAAAUCAAGGAUGACCAGGGCAAGUUCCUGCCUCCACCGCAUCAGAGGCUUCACCGCGGGUCCGUGGCCACCUUGGCCAAGCCCGGUGCUGCACGCCGCUGUUGCCUUUCUGCUGACGGGCCGCUGUUGCCUCUCCCUGUUUCCCCUGCAAAGCUUCACCUAUGUGUCCUCACCCUCUGCCUCAUCUCAGUCUCCCGGGGCACGCUCUCCCUGUCCUUCUUCCCUCGUUCUUCCACCUGAGAAGGCGCCUCACCAGCGCCCGGCCUCGCCGUCGCGCCUCCCCACGCCUGCGCACGCUCCGCCCCGCUGGUGCGCCGCUCGCCGGAGCCGAGCACCGCCGCCGCCCUACCCCGCUUCCCCCUGCUCCCCUUUCCUCUUGUCUCUCUCUAACCUCUUUCUCUCUCCCAUGGACGCCUGGAGCUCCCUCGCCGGCCGAUGCUCCGCCUUGCCCCGCGGCCUACAGAUGCGGCCGGCCACCCCGCCGGAGCCGAGCGCCGCCGCCGCCCCAGGUGAGCAGCGCCGCUGCCCUACCCCGUUUCCCCUCGCUCCCCCUUCCUCUUGUCUCUCUCUAACCUCUCUUUCCCCGCCCCAGGUGAGCAGCGUCGCCGCCCUGCCCCGUUUCCACCCCACGGCCUACAGAUCCGGCCGGCCUCCAUUGCCCUUGUCGUUCCCGUGCCCGGAUCUGGCCGGAGUUCACCGCCACCGUGCCCGCCCGUGUCGGCAACGUGGCGGCCUCCUCAGCCUCGAGGGCGAGCUCCCAGUUGACCGCGUCCGCCGCCGCGACGCCUCGGUCCACCGCGGCCUUCAAUGCCCGCCGCGACGCCUCUGUACGCCGCGCUCUACAACGCCAGUCGCGACACCUCGCCCCAUUCCUGGGCUCUGGCGGCGCUCACGUCCGCCGCGACGCAUCCCCUGCCUUGCUUGUGCGGUGUCGACGCCGGCGACAAGCGGUUCAGUAGAGGCAGGGUGUUUUUUGCAAAAAAACAAACGUUAUCUACAAUUUAAGUAGGACUGCGCGUUAAUUUCGGGAAAAUAGGGGGACUUUUUUGCAAAAAUGACAGCGACGGACGACCAGAAGCAUUAGCUGCUUUAUUAGUAGGGAAAGAUUAUAUUAGUCAGGUAUAAUGAUCUUUCCGUCUUGCAAAAAUAAAUAUGGCAGAAUAUCAACCAUACCGUAUAUGCAAAAACUGCAAACUGUGCAACUACCAACUAAAAAUAUGUGCAGCCUUUUAGUAUAUCUGUAAAAACUAGUAGUACUAUCUCCAACAAAGCCCCUGGAAGAAGACAAACAACCAAAGCAAGCGAGGGAAACAAACAGCCAACGAAAGCAUGCAUAACUUUAGUUUGGUCUUCUAGCCUGAAUGAAUCAGAGUUAAAACGGUCACGAUCUUCUUCUGUUUUGCAACGGGCAAAUUAAAGCAGGCAGCGUUGCAACAAACAAGGGGUGCGCCGUCGUCAACGGCGGCCGACGCGGCGCGCGGGCGGCACUACGCUCUACACGGCCGCGGCUGGAACCGUUCGCUCGGCAAGGCGUACAUGCAGCCGCUCCACCUUCGCGUGCUACACCGACGAGUACCUCCCGGUUGUCUUCUGGCCGCCACGGGACGGCGCCGCCGACCCGCCCCCGGCCGAGCCUAGGCACCUCGGUCGACGUCUCUCCGCGCGUCCCCGCCGUUGAUGAAGCCGGCGAGCAGCUGGCAUGGGUGCAUCGAGGCGAGGCUAUAGCGAGCUAGCUAGCCACUCCCGCAGAGGUGCCCCGCGGGUUAAUUCCGAUAAACGACAGGGGGCUAAAUGCAAAAAGUGCAGCGUUGACCGGCCCGGCCCAGCUGGCUCCACUUGGCUGCUGUUGAUUGGGCCAGGACCAAAUAUGCACCUUGAGAACAAGUUGGAGGACUAAAUUGUUAAGAAUAGAAUAGUUGCUUAUUAAUUAAGCUAAUUAGGAUUAAGUUAAAUGUUAGAUAGGUUAUUUGGUUCUCAAGCAACCAUGUACUUUCUUGGCUCUCAAGGCAACUAUGUAAUUUCUUGGCUCUCAAGUAACUAUGUGUUUACUUGACCACCAAGCACCAUGUGUACUUCCGCCUGGGUAUAAAUACCCCACUUCUA